AUUUUGAAUGAGUUUGAGUACGACAUUAGCAGUGGUGGUGAUUUUCAGCUUUUUUGCUCAAACUAUUUCUACAAAAUUUGUAACCAAAAAUAAAAGAAUAUAAUCAAAAACUUGUGUUAUUUUGUGCUUGAACAUAUAAUGCGUAUAUUUUAUUAAACAAAUAACAAUGGAGAAUGUUAUUGCCUUUAAUAAUGAGCUGUCGGGGCUCUAUGAAGCAAAACCGCCAAUUUCCAAGGCGAAGAUGGCAGCCAUCACCAAGGCAGCGAUGCGAGCCAUCAAGUUCUACAAACACGUCGUCCAGAGUGUGGAGAAAUUCAUUUUGAAGUGUAAGCCCGAAUACAAAGUGCCAGGAUUGUAUGUAAUCGAUUCGAUUGUGCGUCAAUCGCGGCAUCAAUUCGGCGUGGAAAAGGAUGUGUUUGCACCACGUUUUGCUCGCAACAUGAAGGACACUUUUGCCAAUCUGUUUCGCUGCGCUCCGGACGACAAGAGCCGCAUUAUUCGGGUGUUGAAUUUGUGGCAGAAGAACAAUGUGUUUGCUCCGGAUGUCAUCCAGCCGAUAUUCGAUCUAGCUGAUCCCAAUCAUCCGAUAUAUCAAAUGCCACCGCAACAGAGCAGCAGUGCUGGAUUGGAUAUUUCAGCUACGUCCAAUGGACUGAAUGUGUCCAGUUCAGGGAUGGAUGUUAGUGGAGUGGGAUCGAUGACUAGUCAGCAGCAGUCGGCGGCUGACGACAAGUUGGUCUUACCCGAUUUGUCGAUUGGUCAUCAAAAGGUACAAACAAGUGCCCUUGAUCAAAGCACCAUUCGUCAAUUGCAACAAAUCCAACAAUUGCUAAUAAGACAAACGGCUAAUGAAAAUGCAUCAUCAACAUCAGGAACCAUGAGUCAGUCGGACUCGGUUAAAUUUAAUAAAAAACUACUCGAUUAUGAUUACGGUGAUGAGGACGAAGAGGAAAAGAAAUCUACUUCUCCGCAUGUACCAAACCUUCUAGACAACAACAACUUAAAGCAGUUGUUAAAGGAUCCUAAUGUCUUGCGUCAACUGCAAACCUUACAAAACUUUCAGAAGUUCAAACAACAAGAAGAGAAACAGCAGAAACUCAAUGAGUUGCGGAUGCAGGAAGAAGCUUUUGAAAAACAUAUACAAAAUGUACUGAAGGGAUCAACCAAUAACGAAGCUGCUGAUAUAUCUGCGAAAGAAGUAGAAUUCGUUUCUGAAGAAUCCAAAAUUGAGGUUAUCAAUUUGGAUGGCAAUGAUUCAAGGACCCCUUCACCUGAUCGAGACCGCUAUAAGAGAAGAAGGAGCCGAUCGAGGUCCCGAGACAGAGUCGCCGGACGAGAUAUAAGAAGGCGUCGCUCGAGGUCAAGAUCAUCCCGUAGCCGUUCACCGAGAACAAACAGACGUCGUCCUUCACGUGAAAGAGACCGCGAGCGUGAGCGCCUCGCCGAGAGGAAUCGUGAUAAGGAAAAGGAGAAGGAACGCGAACAUGAACGUGAACGCCGUCGCAAGGGAUUGCCGGACAUAAAGAAGGAGCAUUUGAGUGUUUGUAGUACAACUCUGUGGGUUGGACAUUUGUCCAAAUUGGUAUACCAGGAAGAACUUUCCGAUACGUUUGGCAAAUAUGGUGACAUCGUGAGCAUAGAUCAAAUCGUUCCACGAGGAUGUGCUUUCAUUGUUAUGAAUCGGCGUCAAGAUGCCAGUAAAGCGAUGACUUCCUUAAAGAACUAUAAACUCCAGGGCAGAGCAAUCACAAUAUCCUGGGCUGCUGGUAAAGGUGUAAAAAGCAAGGAAUGGAAAGACUUCUGGGACCUAGAAUUAGGUGUAACCUACAUACCAUGGGAUAAGCUGGAAAAAGACACAGAUCUGGAUUCUCUGGAGGAGGGAGGCAUAAUUGAUGAAGAUUCAAUGCCUGAUUGGAUGAAAGAAAAAAUAAAUAAAUUGAAGAAUAUCAAAGAACCUGCUUCCGCCGCUGCUACUACUCCUGCUGGUGCUGGUCCUGGCGCUGUUGGUGUUGGCGGCUCAUCAAUGUUGUUCGGAGUUGAUGGAAUGCCUAAAAUUGAUAUAACUCAGCCACCACCAACAGCAGGAUCAAUGAUUCCGAUGCCGCCGUUCACAAUGGCACCGCCCAUGGGUGGGCCACCACGAAUGAUGCCUCCGAUGGGCGUUCCAAUGCCCGGCAAUAUGGUGUCCGGAAUACCAAUGCCACAAGGAAUGGUUCCAGGAAUGCCACCUCCACAUCCUAUGUUGAUGACACAGGGCAUGUUGCCUCCACCGGGCUUCCCGCCAAUGCCAUUGGACAAGAAUAUUCCUCCUCCGAAUAUGCGGCCCGAUGCUGGUAUGCCACCAAAUGCGUUUAUGGGCAAUCCAGGAAUGAUGCAGCCCGUGCCGAUUCCUACUCCAAAUCCAUUUCAACAGAAUCUAGGUGGUAAUGCGUCUAGUGAUGAUCAAAUGGACAUUGAAAUGGAAGAUGAGAUGCCCAAUGAUAAUUCUCAACACACUCCUCAAAUGAACUUUAAUCAGCCGCCGCCAAUGUUCCAAGGUGGUGGGUCUGCAGGACCUGGCAUCGGCGCUGGACAAGGAAUGGGGCCAGGCAUGGGACCAGGUAUGGGGCCUGGUAUGGGACCAGGAAUGGGACCAGGACCUGGAGGCUUUAUGGAAGGUGGCAUGCCACCGAAUAAUGAAGGCGGAGAUGAAUAUGGGGGGCGGGACAGGAAUCGUGGAAAUAACUCACGCUGGGGAUCACGAGACGAUCGAGAUAGUAAUCGCGGCAAUCGUGGUGGCGACCAGUCUGACGGUGAAAUGUGGCGAGAAAAUGGACCACCAAUGGGUGGUCCACCCAACUUCAAUGAUUCUUCCCGACGUGGAGGUCCGCCAGGAAAUAUGCCUCCGUUCGACAUGAACAACCAUCCCCAAAGGCAACAAGAAUUCUUUGAUAUGCGGCAUGGUGGUGGUCCUGAUGAUUUCAAUGAUCGACGCGGAGGUGGAGGAAAUCGUGGCGGUGGAGAUUUCUUCCCCAAUAUGCAAAAUAGAUUUAAUCAGCCGAAUAGUUUAAUGCAAAUGCGCAUACAACCACCUACAGUGUUUAAUAACAGGAUGAAUGGACCAGGGAUGGGUUCAGGGCCAGGAAUGUUUAUGCGUGGACAGGGUCCUCGUUCGCAAGGUGGGCCACAAGGCGGUGGUUUUGGCUUCAAUGAUCGAAAUCCAUUCGACCGGGACAUGGAUGGUGGCAAUAGAAUGCGUGGUGGUCGCGGUAUGAACGACAGGCGCGGUGGAGGACGAGGAGGCGGAUCUGGCGGCCGUGGUGGUCCAAAUAACUGGCGGGACAAUGAAGACGAUGAUGAGGGAGCAGUUUUUAAGAGGCGAGGAAAUCGUUUUGGAGGUGGACGUGAUCGGGACGGUCCCGAUGACAACCGCAUGAGCCGCGACAGAGAUCGUUCCGGAGGACGGAGACAAAUGAAUGACAGGAACUCGCGCGACAGAUUCGAUCGGACGUCUCGAGAGAGGCGUGACGGUGGCAAUGAUCGAAACUCAAGAAAUCGAAGAAUGUCAAGUGAAAAUCGAGAUGCGGUGAGGCCGAACGAGGAACAGCAAUCGCCGCCUAAACAGGGUAUGCACAAAGAUCUUGAUUCGAAGUCACAGGCUGCGAAUGUCCAAUUGGACACUGAAGAAGAUUGGGAUCAAGAACUCUCCGAGCACGAUUUUGACAGUUCAUCAAAGUCAGUGGACAAUUCUAGAGAGGAGCCAGCGUCCCAAAAUGAACAAAACGAAACCAGUAACACAUCAAAGGAAGGUGGCGGUGAAUACGCCACCGAAUCAGAAAACCACUAUAAUGAACAAGAGGAAGACUUUGCCGCUCCAACUGAAGCCCCCAGAGAGGAACAGCCAACCAAACAAAUAGAACGAAUGAAUUCCGUAAAUACUCCACUAUACGAUGAAGGACCUGCUCCGGCCUUCGAAAGCAAACCAACUUCUUCUUCAGAUGAUUACGCUGAAAGCGACAAUGUUCCUGAAAGCCAAGAACAACAAAACACUGCUGCGCCAGAACCAACCCACGAACCAGAAUCCGAACCAGCCGUGGAAGCAGCGCAGGAAUAGAAAUAAAGCCCAACAGCUGAUACACACGUAUCACUUUUAACUACUGUAAGAUCAACCUAGAAUAAAUUAAUAAUCGGUUAAAAUGAACCGUUAUUAUGUAUUAUGUGUACGGUUUGGGCGCUAGCAUUUAUUUUUAUUUGAUUAUUUUUUGAUUUCUCAAAUAUUUAUUGAACCGUUGAAAAGCAAUCCGAAGACACAUACAUCCCUGAAGCUCACCUGUACGAGAGUUUUCUUUUCAGUCUGACAAAAUUUUUAAACUUAGAACAGUAAUAAUUAUUGACACCAGGAGACUAUCGUACAAGUGGGCCUUUCUGACAAAGUUAUAAAGAAAACCAAAAGCCAAAUUUGGUCUUUUUAAAAAAUCUACAAUUAGUCAAAGUUAUUUGUUUUCUUUUAUUAAAUAAUUUUAUAAUUUAUUAGUUCUUCUUGAUUAUGAUUUCUAAAUAGAAAUGAAAAAAAUUCAAAAAUGCAAUUGGUUUCCAUUGGCUCAACCGUAUUUGUAAACUUAAAAAAAGAAGAAAAAAAAACAAUUUAUACAUAAACUCAUCAAUGCUGAAUAAAUACAAAAAUUGAGCGUGUGAAGAAAGAAAUUAAACGAAAAAAGAAAAACAAAAAUACAGAACAAAAAAUUCUUGAAAUUCUUUUAUGAAAAUAUUUCAUAUAAUUUUGUUUAUUUUAAAUUCAUAAUGUAAUUGAAACGAUAAAUAUUUGAAUAAAUAUUUUAAAUAAUAAUUAUAACAUGUAUUCAUAAAAUAGUUUUACUCAUUUUAAUAUAAUAUCGUUAUAUGUAUCAUUAUCAUAGUAAAGCUAACAAAAAAAUAUAAAAUUGAUAAAACUGUAA